AACGAUAAACACAAAAAGGAACCCUCCCGUCGAUCCCGAAGCGCACCUGUCGUAUUAAAGAUAGGGAGCAGUAAGUGGGCCCACAAGGAAAUCAGAGCGACAGUAAGUUAGUAGUUGGAGACCAACCCAACUGCUGCACUUUACUCGCCCUACCUCCCCUUAUUUUACCAUUCAUCUUCCCCAACUCCUUCACCGCCGGCUCCCACGAAGCGCCAUGAAGCCUGCUCAGCGCCGAUCAGGAAUCGGGAAGCAACUGUUGGUUGCGGCGGCGCUGGUGUUUGGGGUGGGGAGUUGGUUAUACGCUGAAAUCCAGUCUCCGCCGCCGAAGUUGUGCGGGUCGGAGGGUGGACCUCCGGUGACGGCGACGAGGAUCCGGCUUCGGGAUGGGCGACAGCUGGCUUACGAGGAGACGGGAGUGUCGAAGGAGAGGGCCAAAUUCAAGAUUAUUUUCUGCCAUGGCUUCUCAAGCACCCGACUCGACGUCAUCCGAGCUUCCACUGAAAUAAUGGAAGAACUUGGAGUGUAUUUGGUGAGCUACGACCGAGCAGGCUACGGCGAGAGUGACCCAAACCCCAAACGAUCGCGUAGAAGUGAGGCUUCAGACAUUGAAGAGCUUGCAGAUUCCCUCAAUUUGGGCUCCAGAUUUUACCUCAUCGGCUACUCUCUAGGAGGCCAUGCUGUUUGGGCAUCUAUCAAGUACAUUCCUGGAAGGCUCGCCGGAGCCGCACUCCUUGCUCCGGUGAUAAACUACUGGUGGCCGAGCUUUCCGGCAAACCUAACGGAGAAGGCUUACAAUGAGCAGGCUGUAGGAGACCAAUGGGCGCUGAGAGUAUCGCACCAUGCACCAUGGCUGCUUCACUGGUGGAUGAAGCAGUCAUGGCUGCCCACAUCAACUGUUGUGAAGGCGACAACACCUCUUCCGAACCGCCGCGACGCGGAGAUCAGAGAAUGGGCUGCUUCCAAUGGAAUGAUUGAAAAGAGGAGGAAGCUAGCGACGCAGCAAGGGGUAGAGGAGUCAUACUACCGGGACAUGAAGGUAAUGUUCGGUAAGUGGGAGUUCGAUCCAAUGGAUCUCCACGAGCCGCCCUUCAGGGUUCAUCUAUGGCAGGGCGAUGAGGAUGGGCUGGUGCCGGUCACUCUGCAGCGAUAUGUAUGCCAACGCCUUGACUGGAUCGAGUACCACGAGCUCUCCAUGACCGGCCAUUACCUGUCGGCCGUGCCCGGCUUCGGUGAUCUUCUUCUCAAGACCUUUCUGGUUAGGUCCCAAGCAAUAUAGUUAUUUAUGCUAUGCAACACGUCGAGAGUAUUAUAGUUAAUUUUAUACUUAUUUUGUGUACACGCCAUGCAAAACUAUUGCGAUAGCUCUAUUUACAUAUUUUAUAUGAUGAAGAACUCUUUGGUUCGGCGUAUUUAUGCGUUUGUAUAUGUA